CCAAAAUCAAAAACCCCCAGUUCUUUUUCAGUGUGCUCUUCUAGUCUCUUCCACUUUGUUUGAAUAAUUGCAGUACUUUUAUAAGCUAAGCCACCCAACACCACCAUGGGAAGUGACAUAGAGAGUGUUUGGCUCUUUGCCCUCGCAUCUAAAUGCAAAGCUUUUUCUCAACAGAACACUGCAUGGCCAAUUUUGAUCAUAGCUUUAGCUUGGCUGGUUAUGACCAUAGUGUAUUGGGUUCACCCUGGUGGUCCAGCUUGGGGCAAAUAUAGGUUCAAAAAGUGUGCUAUCACUACCAUUAAUAAGCCAAUACCAGGACCAAGAGGGUUGCCUUUAAUCGGUAGCAUGAACAUGAUGGCUAGCUCUUUAGCUCAUCAUCUGAUUGCUACCAUAGCCAAAACAUGUAAAGCCAAGAGACUUAUGGCUUUUAGCCUUGGUGAUACCCGUGUUAUCGUUACGUGUAACCCGGAGGUGGCUAAAGAGAUUCUUAAUAGCUCUGUGUUUGCUGAUCGGCCGGUGAAAGAAUCGGCUUAUAGUUUGAUGUUUAACAGAGCAAUUGGGUUUGCUCCUUAUGGUGUCUAUUGGCGAGCACUGAGGAGAAUUGCGGCUACUCACCUGUUUUGUCCUAAACAAAUAAAGAAUUCCGAAGAACAGAGACGGUUCAUUGCUGAUGAAAUGGUGAACUUAUUCGGUCGUCACGGCCAUGAACGAAGCUUCAUCGUACGGGAAGUGGUGAAACGUGCAUCGUUGAAUAACAUGAUGGUGUCGAUAUUUGGUCGGAAAUAUAAGUUGGAUUGUGAUAACAAUGAAGUUGAUGAACUUAGAGGUUUGGUUGAUGAAGGGUAUGAUUUGUUGGGGACAUUGAAUUGGUCUGAUCAUUUGCCAUGGUUAGCACAAUUUGAUCCUCAAAAUAUCAGGGUUCGAUGCUCGAACCUUGUACCUAAAGUUAAUGGCUUUGUCGGUGGAAUCAUAGCCCAACACCGAGCUCGAACUAACGAGGAAGCUCGUGACUUGGUCGACGUAUUGCUGUCUCUUCAAGGUGCCGAUAAAUUAUCCGAUUCCGACAUGAUCGCCGUUCUGUGGGAAAUGAUAUUCAGGGGAACUGAUACAGUGGCAGUGUUGAUUGAGUGGAUAUUGGCUAGGAUUGUGGUUCACCCUGAUGUACAGUCAAGGGUUCAUGAUGAGCUUGAUAAGGUUGUUGGUAAAUCAAAAGCCGUUUAUGAGUCUGACGUGAUGAACUUGACUUAUCUAAUGGCUGUGAUCAAGGAGGUUCUAAGGUUACAUCCACCUGGUCCGUUACUAUCAUGGGCUCGCUUAGCUAUUACUGAUACAACCGUUGAUGGGUAUCAUGUGCCAAAAGGGACCAUGGCAAUGGUGAACAUGUGGGCUAUAGCAAGGGACCCACAAGAGUGGGCAGACCCGACUGAGUUUGUGCCCGAUAGAUUCGUGGCUAAAACGGGUGAUGUGGAGUUUUCCGUUCUGGGUUCGGAUCUUAGGUUGGCUCCAUUCGGGUCGGGUAGGCGAACAUGCCCCGGAAAGAACUUGGGGUUGACCACCGUCAGCUUUUGGGUGGCGACCCUUUUGCAUGAGUUUGAAUGGCUACCGUCCGAUCAGAAUUCCGUUGACUUAUCAGAAGUUCUAAAACUAUCUUGUGAAAUGGCAAAUCCUUUGAAGGUUAAAAUUCGCCCUAGGCGUAAGUUAACCUAAGCCUAUCACAAUAAAGAAAUGAUCAGUACACUAUCGGAGAAGAAUGACAUAAACAAAAUUUAUCUCUGCUUAACCGUUGUACUGUAAAUACAAGUGAUGGAAGUCUAUAAUACAAAGUUCCCAUGUAUUAAUUAUUACUCUCUUCCUUUUUUUUUAUUACAUAAAAUCUAACAUCUUCCCAAA